UUUUUAACUUGUUCCGAUUGUUUACAAAUUGAAAUUUUAAUAUUUCUUAAAAAUAUAUUUAAUUAUGUAUCGAUUUGGAAGGAUCGUGUUUGCAAACUACAGACGGUUUAAUAAUUUAAGGAAUCAAGUAGAGUUUGCGCCCAAGAAAUUCAAUUUAAAGUCACCAAUUAAAUUUAUUUCUGGAGCUUCAAUAUUUUCAUAUUUUGGAAGUACAAAAACCGAUGAAAAGCUGGAAAAUGAGGAGGAAUCGGAACUGAUUAUGACAAUGAAAAGAGGCAUUUUGUCAGUCAUGAGAUCAGAAUAUGAUAAGGCGGAGCAGUUGUAUCAUUUAGCACUAAGGAAUGCACAGAGUGUCAAUAAUGAGCCUGCUGUUACAUACAUUUAUGAUCUAAUGGCUAAUUUAGCUUAUGAAUUGGGUCAGUUACCAAAAGCAGAGAAAUUGUUUGUUUCUGUCAUGCAAAGAUUAAUGGAAAAGGAUAAAGCAGAGGAAGACGAUAUUCGACUUUUGCACAUCUCGUCAAAAAUAGCACAUAUAGCAUAUCAACAGGAAAAUUUUGAUAAAGCACUAGUCGGAUAUCAGUAUGUACUUGAAAAGAUCCAGAAACGAGAUUAUCUUAAUGAAGAAAAUUACCAUGAAUUGUAUGGAAUGGUUAAGAAUCUAAUUGGACAGGCAUUUAUAGCUAUGAACAAGUAUCCAGAAGCAAAAGUAGCUUUAGAGGAAGCUCAUGUAAUUUUUAAAAAGUACAAAGAUGAAAUGACUGAUGACGGUGUCAUUUUGCUUAAUAAUCUAAGUUGUGUAUGUGCUGAAUUAAAGCAAUACGAAUCGUCACUAAGGUAUCUUAAUGAGGCAAUAGAAAUCGCUAAAAAGAUUGAAAUAGAUGAUCUUUCACCGUAUCAUAUUAAUUUGGGCAUGCUGUAUCUGAAACAAAAACUGAUAGAGAAAGCAAGAGUAUCUUGUAGCAUGGGAUGGAAACUGGCAUCAAAAUAUGAGAACAAAGAAGCAAUUAAAGCAGCCGAACGUUGUUUAGAUGAAGUGAAAAAGGCAACAUCAUAGAUUGGCAAAUGUGAUGUACAUUUAAUUUUAUAUUUUGAAAAACUGUAUGUGUAGAACAACAUAAUUUGAAUUAUUAUAUAUGUAUAUGAUUACAUUCAACCUGUCUUACUAUCUUAUUGACAUAUUUAACUUUUAAUAGUUAUUUACUCAAUUGCAGUAAUGAGAACCAUCAUUAAGACUCCUAGCAAUAGAGCAAAAAUCUCCUUUAAUGACUGCCACAAUUUAGUAUUUUGUUCGAGAAGUUCUGGAAUGACACUAACUGUAGCAAUAUAGAUAAAUCCUCCUGCUGUGAAUGGAAGAAUCCAUGGUGAAGAUUCUUCUGAAGUACCAAGCAAUGCAAGAACAUUUCCAGCUAAAGCACCAAGCGCUGUUGUUAAUUGAAGAAGCAUUGCCUUCUUUUUAGAACAUCCAGACUUGAUAAGAAUAGCAAAAUCACCAAUUUCAUGUGGAACUUCGUGUAAUAAAAUUGUAAUCGUUGUCACAAUUCCAAUGCUAUUUCCAGCAAGAUAUGAGGCACCAAUAGCUAAGCCAUCAGUAAAAUUAUGUGUAAAAUCAGCAGCUAAAUUCAAAUAUCCAGCUACUUCCAUAGUUGUUUCAGCACUCUCCUUCUCCUUCUUCUUAUUGUCUUUUUCACCCUUCUUAUCGCCUUCCUUUUUCUUAGUUAAUUCUUUCUUCUCUGAUUCCUUUUUCUUAUUUUCACCUCCUGAAUGACUAUGUCCAUGAUGAUCAUGACCAAUUUUUAAUAUGCGAACAAUUUUCUCAACAGUCAAGAAUGUUAUAAUUCCAGCAAGUACCCAUAGCCCAAUAAACAUAUCAUGUCCAUGUUCAUGCGAAUGUUCGUGACCUGAAUGACUUUCAUGACUGUGAACGUGUUCAGUAUGAGAAUGCGAGUGAUCAUGUGGAGCUACAGCAUGUGGAAUAAGAUGCAAAAAUGCAUCACCUAAAAGUCCACCACUUGCAAAUGCCAGUAAAGUUUUAAGCCUUGGUUGCAUGUCUUCUGUAUUAUCGAGUGGAACUAAGUACAGAAUGAAGAAUGGCGCAGCACUAAUCAAUAAAGUUGAAGUCAAUGAAUGCAGCCAGAUAUUGAAUGUAUCUGAA